AUGCUUCCGUCAUGCCGUCGAGGUGCCCUUGUCACGGCGCUGGCACGACCUGCAUACCGUAGCAGAGUGGCACACACAUCACAGUUCCAGCCUCUAGUACCACCGUCUCCAGAGUCGCUCGGGAGGCCUGUAGCAGCCAAACAGUACCGCCGGACAAGACGUCUCCUCAAGAGAUUGAUCCAAUUGGGCUUUCUGUCCGCCGCCGUCUUGGGCAUUGACAGCUACUUCUUCGACUCGGUCGUCACCCGCUCUGCCCGCACGUUCGAGACUGGCCUUGUUGUUGCCCUCGACUACAAGAUCAACUUCCGCGCAAAUCCUCCCUUCGCCGACUCGGUAGCCGACGUGCACCAUCGCAGCGCCGAACGCUUGUUCCAUCUCCUUCGCAACAAUGGCGGCCUUUACCUCAAGAUUGGCCAGGCAAUUGCCAUGCAGAGCGCCAUCCUACCUCCUGAAUUCCAGAAAAUGUUUGCGACUAUGUUCGACGACGCUCCCCAGAACGCAUGGGAGGAUGUGAGACAAGUCAUCAGAGAGGACUUUGGAAAAGAGGUGGAAGAAGUCUUUGGUGUCAGCUUUGACGCCUCACAGGGCACCAACGGCAUCAUGGAGAGAACGGCGAGAGCAAGUGCCAGUGUCGCUCAAGUACAUUGGGCCCGUCUUCCCGACGGAAGAGAGGUUGCCAUCAAGGUCCAGAAGCGAGAGAUCGAGAGACAGGUCGGCUGGGACUUGUGGACCUUCAAGGUCGUUUCCAAGAUCUACACAUGGUGCUUCGACAUCCCUCUCUACAGUCUGGUCCCUUACAUCUCGGAGCGUUUGAUGCUGGAGACCGACUUCCUCAACGAGGCAAACAACGCGAACGAGAUGCGAGACCUCGUCCAGAACGAGCCUCGUCUUCGCGGUAAGGUCUAUAUCCCACAAGUAUAUCGCGAACUGAGCUCCAGACGUGUCAUGACUGCUGAAUGGAUUGAAGGUGUGCGUUUAUGGGACAAAGAAGGUAUCGAGGCAACUUGGCAUGGUGGCUGGCGUCAAGGUAGCCCCGGCGCUGGUGGCGAGCUCCUCCCUCCUCCUACGAACAUCCAAUCUUCAAACGAUCCUAGCCAUGAGAAACUGAAGCCUAACCGCGACAGCUGGCGUGGUCCAUCUGGCAAAGGUGGUCUUGGUCUCAAUUACAAGCCCGUCAUGGAGACCAUGGUCUCGCUCUUCUCAGCUCAGAUGUUCCUAUGGGGCCUCGUCCAUUGCGAUCCCCACCCAGGCAACAUUUUCAUCCGCCGCCUUCCCAACGGCAAGCCCGAACUGGUCCUCAUCGACCAUGGCCUCUACAUCCGCAUGUCCCCCGAGUUCCGCCACGACUACGCCCUCUUCUGGAAAUCCCUCAUGACCUUCGAUAACGAAACCAUCGCCCGCAUUGUAAAGGGCUGGGGUAUAAACUCACCCGACCUCUUCGCCUCUGCAACUCUCAUGCGCCCUUAUACAGGCGGCGACAACAGCACCAGUGAAAGCAUCAAGAAAUUGACAAAAGCAGAGCAAAAAGAACGCGCCUACGAAAUGCAAAUGCAAAUGCGCAAUGGCAUCCGAGAAAUCCUCGGCGAUGAGAAGAAAUGGCCUCAAGAGCUCAUCUUUAUCGGCAGAAACCUGCGCAUCGUGCAGGGCAAUAACCAAUUCCUCGGCUCACCUGUGAAUCGUAUCAAGAUUACAGGCCUCUGGGCUUCUCGCGCGCUCACCGAGCAACCCCAUCUCACCAUUUCUCAACGAUGGAAGUACUAUGCCAAUCAUCUGGUCUUCAGAGUCGUGCUGGUGGGUACGGAUGUUUGGUUCUGGUAUGCAAAGAUCAAGCAGUGGUUUGGGUUGGGUAAAGGUAUGGAUGCGGAUAUUGAGGAUCAGAUGAGGGCGGUGGCUGGGGAUAUGGGUAUUGAGUUGAACCAUGGUAUCUUCGAGGGAUGA